UGAGAAUGUUGUUUUAGGAUCCAAUAAUCCGCUGCUGUCUCGGGCCGCCUCCGCCUUUCCCUCCAAACCGCCCCCUAUGCUCGGGGUAUAUGUAGAAGUCCAGCUGUGCUCGACGUCCCGCUUGCUGAAUUAAUUGAUUUGAUUCAUACCAUCUGUCUGGAACAGUUAUAUCUGGCUGGUGACAGCCAUAUAUCGGGUAUAUACGUGGUUCUGUGUGUGCAGUCAUAGCUGCUUCUCAACAUGGAUCUCUCCAAUCCGCGAUGCGAGCAUCUGGCCUCGCCUGAUAUUAAAAACUUCAUCCUCUCCAUCCUCAUCGUCUUCGGAAUCCUCCUCUCCUACACUCCCCAACAUGUCCGCAUCCUAACAAUGAAGACCUCCUUCGGUAUCUCACCGUACUUCGUCCUCCUAGGAACCACAUCUGGUUCCUCGGCACUAGCCAACGUAAUCUCGCAACAACAAAGCCUCCACGACAUGGCCUGCUGCAAGGAAGUCAACGGAAUGGGCUGUUUCGCAGGAAUUCUCGGUAUCCUCCAAGUCGGAACCCAAUGCCUUUGCUUCUUCAUCAUUCUAUUCCUCUUCGUUCUCUUCUUCCCCCGAAAUACCACCCACCUCCCCAAAUCCAGCCCAACCUAUCGCACCGCCUUAACCGUCGCCGUCAUCUGCAUCAUCCACGCCGCCGUCAUGCUCAUCACCACCCUCGCCGUCGGCUACACCCGCCCUUCUUCCCUCCAAGCAUGGUCCAACUUCUGCGGCAUCCUUUCCGCCCUCCUCGCCUCAAUCCAAUACUUCCCCCAGAUCUACACCACCCUGCGACUCCGCUGCGUCGGAUCGCUUAGUAUCCCCAUGAUGUGCAUUCAAACGCCCGGCAGUCUCGUCUGGGCAGGCAGUCUAGCAGCGCGAUUAGGUCCAAAGGGGUGGAGUACCUGGGGUGUGUUGAUCGUGACUGCUUGUCUGCAGGGGACGCUGCUGUGCUUGGGUGUGUUCUUUGAGUUCCUAGGACCGAAUCGGGGACACGGUCAUGAAGGACAUGAUAAGGAUACUGUGGUUGCGAGGGGAGAGGAUGGGGAAGAGGAGGUGGCGCAUGAAGAUGAUCAGGACUUGCCGUCCGAGGAGACGCCUUUGUUGAGGGAUCAGUGAUGAACAUCUUCAUUUGUUUGGCUUUUGGAGAGUCUGAUAUGUGGUUGGUUGGUUGGUUGGUCGGUUGGUUCGAAGAUGCAAAAGCGCAA